GACAAAAAAAAGCUUCCAGAACCUUGUAACCUCUGCCCUUUGCAAGUGUGCAGAAGAUAUUAAAACUGUUGUGCCUUGGGUCCACACGGAGUGGUCAAAACAGUUGACCGACGCUAUGUCAAAGGUAUUAUACAAACAUAGACAUUCUACCAGCUGUGCUACAUAACAGUCUCAAGUAUUUUUACUUUUAUAUACAUUCUACCAGCUGUGCUACAUAACAGUCUCAAGUAUUUUUACUUUUAUAUACAUUCUACCAGCUGUGCUACAUAACAGUCUCAAGUAUUUUUACUUUUAUAUACAUUCUACCAGCUGUGCUACAUAACAGUCUCAAGUAUUUUUACUUUUAUAUACAUUCUACCAGCUGUGCUACAUAACAGUCUCAAGUAUUUUUACUUUUAUAUACAUUCUACCAGCUGUGCUACAUAACAGUCUCAAGUAUUUUUACUUUUAUAUACAUUCUACCAGCUGUGCUACAUAACAGUCUCAAGUAUUUUUACUUUUAUAUACAUUCUACCAGCUGUGCUACAUAACAGUCUCAAGUAUUUUUACUUUUAUAUACAUUCUACCAGCUGUGCUACAUAACAGUCUCAAGUAUUUUUACUUUUAUAUACAUUCUACCAGCUGUGCUACAUAACAGUCUCAAGUAUUUUUACUUUUAUAUACAUUCUACCAGCUGUGCUACAUAACAGUCUCAAGUAUUUUUACUUUUAUAUACAUUCUACCAGCUGUGCUACAUAACAGUCUCAAGUAUUUUUACUUUUAUAUACAUUCUACCAGCUGUGCUACAUAACAGUCUCAAGUAUUUUUACUUUUAUAUACAUUCUACCAGCUGUGCUACAUAACAGUCUCAAGUAUUUUUACUUUUAUAUACAUUCUACCAGCUGUGCUACAUAACAGUCUCAAGUAUUUUUACUUUUAUAUACAUUCUACCAGCUGUGCUACAUAACAGUCUCAAGUAUUUUUACUUUUAUAUACAUUCUACCAGCUGUGCUACAUAACAGUCUCAAGUAUUUUUACUUUUAUAUACAUUCUACCAGCUGUGCUACAUAACAGUCUCAAGUAUUUUUACUUUUAUAUACAUUCUACCAGCUGUGCUACAUAACAGUCUCAAGUAUUUUUACUUUUAUAUACAUUCUACCAGCUGUGCUACAUAACAGUCUCAAGUAUUUUUACUUUUAUAUACAUUCUACCAGCUGUGCUACAUAACACUCUCAAGUAUUUUUACUUUUUUUGCUGUUGUUGUUAAUUCAACGUUUAUAAAAGAUGAUUUAAAUUCUCAUGAUUCAUAACUUCCCUUGCAUUACAGUUUGUAUUUAUUUCUGUUUCCUAAACUAAAGUUUCCCAAGCUGACUGCAGCCACACAAGCUUCUUUGUUUACUCAGACUAAUGACGAGAUGAGAAACUUAUUUCCCAAAUUAUUCUCUUUCCCUAAAUUAGGGAAGGUUCUCAACCUGCUUCAAAAUUGGGUAUUUAUUACUUAAAAAAACACUUUAUAUUAAUAAUACGAUUAUACAAUAUUUAUAAGAAAACGAAACUCUGCACAAUAAAUUGUUGUGUGUUUUAAAUACAGUUAAAAAAUUUUCUUUAAGUAUCUUUGCUAAAAUGUAUCUCCCUGUAUAUUAUAGGAUCAAAUCUAACUAUUUCGUCAGGGUGAUGAAAUAUUUAUGGUAAUACUUUUUCAGUUAUUUUAUAGUUUUCUCUGAAGUUAAGAGGGGCAAUCAAACAAAUGAUUUAAAAUUAAAUCUAUAGUUCAUCAAAAAGCUAUAACAGAUCGAUCUAUAUCUAGUCGUUGAAGUCCAAAUAAUUUGUUAAUAUUUUGGAUUUAUAGCACAGAAAUUCUAUGUUUUUAUUGUCUCCCUUGAUUGUCUUCUUGACCUCAUCCCAGGGGGCUGGUCUGUACUUGUGGCACCAGCACAAAAGCUUGUGUGUGACUCAUUUAAAG